GUAUACAUAAGACCCAGCACCAGCACGCGGAGGCAGCAGCUCGUGAGCUCACACUCAUCUCCCGUCUCCCCGAUCGAGCUUCAGUCACACAGGCAGCGCGAGGCGACCCAGCAACUCCACCCAUGGCGGACCGCGUCCACCCCGCGCCGCUGCUGCCGCUCUCCACCCCACCUGCCCCGCCAACCGACAACAGCGACGCCGCCGCGGAGACCGCGCCGCUGCGCUCCACCUCCACGCCGGCGCCAGGCGCCUCGUACAUCGUGCAUGUGCCCAAGGACCAGGUGCUCCGGGUCCCGCCCCCGGACCGCGCGCGCAGGUACAGCAAGCUCGCCGCGCGGCCGGCCCGGCGCCGCAUGCUCCGCCGCGCCUGCUGCGGCGCGUGCUGCGCGCUCCUCCUCCUGCUCGCCCUCGCCGCCGCGUUCGUCGGCGCCGUCUACCUCGUCUUCCGCCCCAGGGCGCCGUCCUUCUCCGUCACGUCCCUCUCCGUCGCCGGCCUCCUCGACCCCUCCCCCGCCAAGCUCCACGCCGCCGUGCGAGCGGACAACGGCGCCAACAAGAAGGUCGGCGUCGACUACCGCGGCGGCGGCGAGGUCAGCGUCUCCUACUCCGGCCUCCUCCUCGCCACGGGCCGCUGGCCGGCCUUCUACCAGGCGCCGAGGAACGUGACGCUGAUCUCGAUGCCGCUCACCGGGAAGGGCGGCGUGGCCCUCACGGAGGACCAGAGGGGGCGGCUGGCGGAGCAGGCGGCGGCGGGCGCCGUGCCGCUGACGGUGGAGGCGCGCGUGCCGGUGCGCGUGAGGCUUGGGAAGGUGCUGCGGACGUGGACCGUGGACGUGUGGGCGCGGUGCGAGGUCACAGUGGACAGGAUCGACGGCGAGACGACGGCCGCCAACAGGGGGUGCACGGUCAAGGCCAAGCCGCUCUGGUGGUGGUGGUGAUCGCCGGGGGCGGGGCGGCGUGAACCAUGCACGGAGACGGAGGCUCUUUGAUAAGAUCACGGCACCCGAUGAAUUCGGUUAUUACUACCGAUGAAGUGGAUUAAUUCGUGUGAUCUGCAGAUUUUUUUGGGGGGAUGCAUGCAAAUAGUACAAUCAAUCAGCAGAGCAUUCUCAUCAGUUGCAGAUGCAUGUAUGCUUCUGCUUGCAUAAAAAAAAAAAACUUGAGUCGAUGAA